AUGCCGAACCACACUUCGAGGAGCUGGUUCGCCGUCCCCGCCCCGGUCGCCGCCCUCUUUCGCCGCUUCCCCCUGGCCGUAUAUCCCGCCAACGACCUCCCCCUCCGGUCCCCAUCCCGCGGCGACCUCCCGACCCUCUACGUCUUUGUCGCCGACGACGAUGCCUCGAGGGGCCGGCCGAGCUUCAACCCCUCAUGUCUAAAGUGGCAGGUCCGUCGACACCUCCCCCCCCCAAAAUGCGCCGUAGCCCUCCUCGACACCCGCCUCCGCACCGCCUGGCUCUACGCCCUAUACCUCGCCCCGGGCAACGCGGCGCUGCUAUCGCGCCUGUACGUCCGCCCUGCCUCAAGUAACCCGCUCGUCCGCCUGGCCCUGGCGCACCAGGUCCGCUCCGCCGCCGAGGCCGAGGUCCUCAAGUCCACGCGCGCCGCCGCCGUCGACCCGACGAGGAACGGCGCCGGCGGCAGCAGGGAGGGGCGGUGGUUCUUUGGCUGCCAAGAGCCGACGCUCUUCGACGCCUCCGUAUUCGCCUACACGCACCCGCUGCUCGACGGGGACCUCGGCUGGGCCGACCGCACCCUGCCCGACAUCCUGGCCGGCUUCCCCGGCCUCGUGAGGCACCGCGAGAAGCUGCUGGAGAGGUGUUUCCCCGACGACGACGAAGGGGUGCUCGUGUAA